GAAUGGGCCAGCAGGUGCAGGGGUCCUGGGGGCUCCUGGCUGGGGUCUUCUUUCUCCUGGGCUGCAGAGCACUCUCCCAUUCCCAGCAGGCCGGCGCAGUGCUGGUGGGCGGAGAGAAAGUCAACAUUGGGCCGGCAGGCAGGCCUCGCUGGGAACCCAUGGCUGCAGGGUCUGUACCAGGUCCCCCGAGGAGACAGAACCACACCGCAGGGGAUGUCCUGCACCUGGAGCUGCUGGUGGCCGUGGGCCCUGACGUCCAGCAGGCUCACCAGGAGGACACAGAGCGCUACGUGCUCACCAACCUCAACAUUGGGUCGGAACUGCUGAGGGACCCGUCGCUGGGGGCCCAGUUCCGGCUACACCUGGUGAGGAUGGUCAUUCUCACGGAACCCGAGCAGGGUCCGAAGAUUACAGCCAACAUCACCUCCUCCCUGCUGAGCGUGUGCCAGUGGAGUCGAACCAUCAACCCUGUGGAUGACGCCGAUCCCGGCCAUGCUGACCUGGUUCUCUACGUCACCAGGUUUGACCUGGAACUGCCCGACGGCAACCGGCAGGUUCGGGGGGUCACCCAGUUGGGGGGCAUCUGCUCGCCCUCCUGGAGUUGUCUCAUCACCGAGGACACUGGCUUCGACUUGGGGGUCACCAUUGCCCAUGAGAUCGGGCACAGCUUUGGCUUGGAACACGACGGUGCCCCCGGCAGUGGCUGUGCCUCCAGCGGCCACGUGAUGGGGUCUGACAGCACGGCGCCCACCCGCGGAGGCCCAGCCUGGUCUGCCUGCAGCCGCCGGCAGCUGCACAGCCUGCUCAGUGCAGGGUGGGCACGCUGCGUGUGGGACCCACCGGGGUUCGUGGGGCAGCCACCUGAGGUGCAGCCCGGCCUCUACUAUGGCGCCGACCAGCAGUGCCGCGUUGCCUUUGGUCCUGCGGCUGUGGCCUGUUCCUUUACCCAGGAGCCUCUGGACGUGUGUGAGGCCCUUUCCUGCCACACGGAGCCAGGGGACCAGAGCACCUGCAGCCGCCUCCUCACCCCUCUCCUGGACGGCACACCCUGUGGUGUGGAGAAGUGGUGCUCCAAGGGCCGGUGCCGCUCCCUGGCUGAGCUGACCUCCGUGGCGGCGGUGCACGGCCACUGGUCCAGCUGGGGGCCGCCCAGUCCCUGCUCCCGCUCCUGUGGAGGAGGCGUCAUCACCAGGAGACGGCGGUGUGACAACCCCAGACCUGCCUUUGGGGGCCACGCGUGUGUCGGGCCUGAGCUGCAGGCUGAGCUGUGUAACUCCCAGGCUUGCGAGAGGACCCAGCUGGAGUUCAUGGCCCAGCAGUGCGCCCAGACCGACAGACAGCCCCUGCACCUCUCCCCAGGCAGUGUUUCCUUCUACCACUGGGAGGCUGCCCCGCAGUACAGCCGAGGGGACAUGCUGUGCAGACAUGUGUGCCGGGCAGUUGGUGAAAACUUCCUGGUGAGGCGUGGAGACCACUUCCUGGAUGGGACCCGCUGCAUGCCACGGGACCAUCGGGAGGAUGGGGCCCUGGGCAUGUGCGUGCUGGGCAGCUGCAGGAUGUUUGGCUGUGACGGUCAGAUGGACUCCCUGCAGGUGUGGGAUGCCUGCCAGGUGUGCGGUGGGGACACCAGCACCUGCAGCCGGCGGAACGGCUCCUUCUCGGCUGGAAGAGCCAGAGAGUACGUCACCUUCCUGACGAUCACCCCAAACCUGACUGGGGUGUACGUGGCCAACCGCAGGCCCCUCUUCACACACCUGGCGGUGAGGGUACAUGGGCGCUACGUGGUGGCCGGAAAUGCCAGCAUCUCCUCCAGCACCAGCCACCCGUCCCCACUGGAAGACAGCCGCCUGGAGUACAGGGUGACACUCACUGAGGACCAGCUGCCCCACCUGGAGGAGGUCCACCUCCGGGGACCUGCCAGGGAGGCCAUGGAGAUCCAGGUUUACCGGCGGUACGGCGACGAGUAUGGCCCCCUUGCCCACCCCGACAUCAUCUUUACCUACUUCGAGCCGAAGCAACGGCCAGCCUUGGCAUGGGCCGCCAUGCGUGGGCCCUGCUCUGUGAGCUGUGGGGCAGGGCUGCGCUGGGUGACCUACAACUGCCUGGACCAGGCCCUGAAUGAGUGGGUGGACGCAGCUUUGUGCGAGGGGAGCCCAAGGCCGCCCGUGUGGUCGGAGCCCUGUGUCCCUGUGCCAUGCCCACCUCGCUGGGCAGCAGGAGACUUGGGCCCAUGCAGCGCCUCCUGUGGCGGGGGCCUGCGGGAGCGGCCUGUGCGCUGUGUGGAGGAGGCCCCAGGGGGCCGCCUGCGGACACUGCCCCCUGCCCGGUGCAGAGCUGCGACCCCACUGCCGGCCAUGGUGGAACCCUGCAGUGCCCUGCCAUGCCCCACCAGCAAGGCCUCACACAACGUGACGUGUGUGCAGGCCACGUCCAGUGGGGAGCUGCCAGUGACCGUCGGGCCUUGCCCCAGCACCGAGAAGCUGCCCAGCCCUGAGCCCUGUGUCGGGACAGUGUGUCCUCCGGGCUGGGGGCUGCUGCACACUGAGUCUCCAAGGAAUGGGGCCCCACCCCCCCUGGGCACUGCCAGCCCCGGGGCUCAAGCUGCGCCCAUGUGGACUCCAGUGGCUGGGCCCUGCUCCGUGUCCUGUGGGCGAGGCCUUCGGGAGCUGCACUUCCUGUGCGUGGACGCCGCCCUCGGGACUCGGGUCCAGGAGGAGCUGUGUGACUCAGCACACAAGCCCCAGGGUCAGCGGGAAGUGUGCCAGGCGGCCCUGUGCCCUGCUCGGUGGGACACCCAGGCCUUGGCGCCCUGCCCGGUGACCUGCGGAGGUGGCCAGGUGCCGCGGGCGGUGCGCUGUGUGAGGCCUGAUGGCAGCCGUCUGGUGCCCCUGCCUCACUCCAAGUGCUGGCCAGCACCCCAGCCGGACCCCUUCGAAGACUGCAGCUCAGAGCCCUGCCCUGCCAGGUGGCGGUACCAGCUGGCGGCAUGCAGUGCGAGCUGUGGGGGAGGGCUGGUGCAGAGGAUGGUGUACUGCGCCCGCGGUGGCAAGGAUGGCAGCGAGGAGAUCCUGCCAGACCCCCAGUGCCAGGGACUGCCUCGCCCAGAGCCCCAUGAGACCUGCGGCCUGGAGCCCUGCCCACCCAGGUGGAAAGUCAUGUCCCUCGGCCCAUGCUCAGCCAGCUGUGGCAUUGGCACUGCCAUUCGCUCAGUGGCCUGUGUGCAGCUUGACCACGGCCAGGACACUGAGCUGGACGAAGCCGCCUGUGUUGCUCUGGCACGGCCGCAGGCCAGGGUUCCCUGCCUCAAGGCAGACUGUGCCUUCCGGUGGCAGGUUGGCUCCUGGACAGAGUGCUCUGUCUCCUGUGGGGCCGGCGUCCAGCACCGGAGCGACACCUGCCUCGGUCUCCAGGCCGACACUCCAGUGCCGGCUGACUUAUGCCAACACCUGCCCAAACCAGUGACUGUGCGUGGCUGCUGGGCCGGGCCCUGUGCAGGCCUGGGGCCAUCCAGCCCCGCCCGUCACACGGAUGCCACCACUUCCAGCCCGGCUGCAGCUGCUGGGGUCGGCGGCUCCCUGGAAUGGCCUCAGCCCCGGACCCACCUCCUGCCCCCAGCUCUCCCAGCCUUCCAGCAGCUUCAGGGGCUCCUAAGGGAUUCCAGCACCUGCGGGAAACAGCUCCUGGAACCGGCAGGAACUCUGGACCUGCGAGGCACAGUGCCAGGGGACUGUGCCGUGGCCAUUGGGCAACCCCUGGGGCAGGUGGUGACCCUCCAUGUUCUGGAGAGCUCCCUCAACUGCAGCGCGGGGGACUUCCUGGUGAUCUGGGGCCGUCUCACGUGGAAGAAGAUGUGUCGGGAGCUGCUGGGCAUGACUGUUGUCUCCAAGAGCAACACGCUGGUGGUGUGGCAACGGCGUGUGGGGCUGGGAGGCGGAGUGCUGCUGUGGUACAGAAGCCAGCCUGCCCCGGAAGCCUACCAUGAAUGUGACGUGCAGCUCUUCGGCCCCCGGGGGGACAUCGUGAGCCCCUCGCUGGGCCCAGAUGGAAGGACGACGGGAGGCUGCCGGCUCUUCAUCAGUGUGGCUCCACAUGCCCGGAUAGUCAUCCAUGCCCUGGCCACUGGCCUGGCCCCCGACAACCAAGGGACCAACACCAGCUAUGUCACGAUCCGGGACAUCCACAGUUUGAGUAGCAGAACUUUCCACCGCCAGCAGGUGCUCUCCUGGGUGUCCCAGAGCAGCCAGGCAGAGCUGGAGUUCAGCCAGAGGUUUCUGGAGACGGGGGCCAGCCUGCGAGGCCAGUACUGGACCCUGUGA